AUGGGUUUCAAAUUACUAAAAUCCACACCAUAUUAUGCUCAAGCAAAUGGACAGGUCAAAUCGGCCAAUAAAGUAAUAAUAGGUCUAAUUAAGAAACAUGUAUGGAAGAAACCCAAUAAUUGGCAUAAGACAUUGGAUCAAGUGCUUUGGGCUUGUCAAACUUCCCCAAAAGAAGCCACCAACACCACACCUUUUCAACUUACAUUUGGUCACGAUGCAGUGUUACCUGUCGAAAUCUACCUACAAUCAGUGAGGAUUCAAAGGCGGGGAGAAAUCCCAUCUGACCUAUACUGGGAAAUGAUGAUGAAUGAAUCGGUAGAUUUGGAUGAAGAAAUAUUACAUGCGUUAGAAGUCCUAAGAAGACAGAAAGAAAGGGUGGCUAGAGCAUAUAACAAAAGGGUUCAAAGCAAAACUUUCAUUACAAACGAUCUAGUUUGGAAAGCUUUGAUGUUUGCUUCACAAGAUUUGUAUUCUUCCUGCCGUUUUGAGCACUGGGUUUCCAUGGCUUCGACCUUCUCACUAGAAGCAUUGGCUGCUACCCUUGAUGAGGUUUGA